UUGAGUUUCGUUGUACCACUUGUUAAUAUCCCAACAUUACAGGAAUCGACCUAUGGAGAAGAUUACGAAGACAUCGGUCCUGUGCCUUUUGAACCAAUCGGCGCUGAAUCACCCACCACCGUGGUUGCGGAUUUGCGUCCUUCGCCGGAAGGUUCGCCGCUGAAAGAUGUUGAUGAUGGCUUCUAUCCACCGAGCGAAAAAAGGAAGCGUAGUAUGGAGGGAAGCAAUGAAAAUUGCGUGAGGGAUUUGGUCAAAACCGAAACAAGUUCUGUUAUUCAGAUCACGCUCAACGAUCUUCUCACAAAGGGAGCCACUCGGAAGACUGCUGCGCAGAAGUUCUACACGUUGUUGGUCUUGAAGAAGUCGCAAGCGAUUAAUGUUGAACAGCAUGCACCUUAUGAAGACAUUUAUAUCUCCACAGGACCAAAUGUCGCGCAGGCGCUUGCCAAGUAG